GACAUUUGUGGUUGACAUUACGUUUGUGACUAAAUAAAUAAAUGUGGCACAUGUUUUAUGGGCACAUGGUACAAUUUGGGUACGACGUGCUAAAGUGUGCACUGUGACGUAGAGAAAUAACUUAAAUUUUUAAAUAAUUUAAUCAACCCUUCUCAUAACAGUUACAAAAAUGCCCAAAACAAGAAAAUUUAUUGAUAAAAAGAAAGCGGUUACUUUUCAACUUGUGCAUCGAAGUCAGCAGGAUCCCUUGAUAGCUGACGAAAAUGCUCCCCAGAGAGUCCUUGUACCACUGGUUGGCAAGGAGUCAGCACAAAAUCGAGAAAAACGUUUAGAAGAACAGCAUAAAUAUGGAAUUCUCUAUGAUGAUGAUUCUAAUUACUUAGAACAUCUGAAAGAUCUUAAGGACAAUCGUGUUGAAUGGCCUGAACAUGUAGAGAAGUCACUUACAGAAAGAAAAGUUAAAUUACAGUUGCCAGCAACAGUUUUUGCGUCACAAAAUGAAGAGAAAGAAGGAAUGUUAAGUAAAGCUGCUCCUAUUUCAGGUCCCCAGUUAGAUUUAGAUCCUGAUGUGGUGGCAGCUAUGGAUGAUGAUUUUGACUAUUCAGACCCAGAAAAUCAGUUGGAAGAUAAUUUUAUAGAAUUAGCAGAGGGAGUUGCGUCGGACCAAGAAUUUGAAAAUGAAUUUGAAAUGGAUUCAGAUUUUGGAAGCGAAGAAAUGGAUGAUGUAGCGUCACUAAAUGGUUCACAAAGAUCAUUUAAUGAAGAAGAAACUAGGUCUAAAUUUACAAAUUACUCUAUGACAAGUUCUGUGAUCAGAAGAAAUGAACAACUUACAUUAUUAGAUGAUAGAUUUGAAAAGAUGUAUGCUGAUUACGAUGAAAAUGAAAUAGGUGCUUUAGAUUGUGAAGAAAUUGAAGGUCAUGUUCCUGAAAGUUCUGAUAUUCUAUUACAUUAUGCAGAUGAAUUUGAAAAAACUCAACAGAAAGAAAUUUUAGAACAGGAAGCAGCUAAAACCAAAAUUACUGAACUGUUAGAUAAAGAUUCUGAGGGUGAAGAAGAAAUGGUUUACGUGGAGGUUCCAGAAAAGGAAAAAUGGGACUGUGAAUCUAUUUUGAGUACAUACUCCAACAUUUACAAUCAUCCAAAAAUAAUUAAGGAGCCUUCUAAGGAAAAAAUAAAAGUCGACAAAAAAACUGGAAUCCCCCUGAAUAUUCUUGAUGCAAACAAACUAACCCUCAAAGCUUUGGAAAAAUUAAACCAAGAAAACGACCAUUUCGAAAAUCGUGGACCAAAAUCAACAGGAAUCCAGUCCGUAAUCUCACAAAUAUCCACGCUUUCAGUGAGACCGAAAGAUGAAUCCCCUGAGGAACGAAAAGAAAGAAAGAAGCUACUAAAGGACUAUAGAAAAGAACGGCGUUUGGAAAAGAAAACCAACACGGUAGCAUUUAAGGAAGAGGCUAAAAGACAAGUUAAAAUAAGCAUAAACAAUAGAAAUAAUGUUCAAGGAAAUAAAAUUCUGUAAACUACUUUCUAUAAUUAAGAAUGUAAAUAAGUAAAUGAUUAUUUAAUAAAACAAAAGCAAAUAA